GGUUGAGAGGAAGGGAAAGGUGGCAAGACAGCAAAAGUGAUCUGAACGCCAGGGGGACUCUGGGAGAGUUUACUGCAUCCCUUUACGUCUCGGGGUCUCCAGAAAUAUACGGAUCAGGAAUACAUUCACCCUCUAUGGCCAGGGAAAGGGCUACCCUAGACCCUCUAGACAGGAAAUUACUUAUCCUCGGCCUCGUUCAUUUGUCCCCCCAACCCUAAGUACUCGGGUAGAGUCUAAUUCCCUGUGCAUUGAAGUCGGCUCCAGCGGGCGGGCCCUCGGGAGACCGGAGGCGUGCAGGCCCCGCCCACCGCUCCUCCAGGCUUCCCGGCCAGCGCCCGUUGUCAUGGCAGCAAGGGGGCGCGCCUGACGUGCGGCGGCGCUUCCGGGAAGAUGGCGGCCGUGGAGGUGGCUACGGAGCAGGCCACUGUGGUGACGGCCUUGGGGCCAAAGGCGAAGGACGAAGAAGAGGAGGAGGAGGAGGAGGAGGAGGAGGAGGAGGAGGAGGAGUCGUUGCCACCAUGCGAGGCAGUGCGCUGGGCCCCAGUGGGGGCGGUGGCCGAGGCCGGGCCUGGGGCGGCGGCGUUCUCGGAGGAGGCGGCGGCAGCCGAGGAGCCUGGAGCGGCUCCGGGCUCUCCUCCGGACGCGACCGUCCGCACGCUGCGGCGACUGCAAGCCGAGCGGCGGCAGCUGGACUCGGCCCUGCUCGCGCUGUCCUCGCACUUCGCGCAGGUGCAGUUCCGCCUGCGCCAGGUAGUGCGCGGGGCGCCGGCGGAGCAGCAGCGUCUCCUGCGCGAGCUGGAAGACUUCGCCUUCCGCGGCUGUCCUCACGUCCUGGGUUACGAGGGGCUGGGAGACCCCUGCGGCGGCGGCGAAGGCGGCGGCGGCGGCGGCGAUGGGCUUCCGGAGGACCGGCCACGCGUGCGGGGCGAGGACCAGAGUGAGCAGGAAAAACGAGAGCGUCUGGAAACCCAGAGGGAGAAGCAGAAAGAACUGAUUCUGCAGCUCAAGACCCAGCUUGAUGACCUGGAAACCUUCGCCUAUCAGGAGGGCAAUUAUGACUCCCUGCCGCAGUCUGUGGUCUUGGAAAGACAGCGGGUGAUCAUUGAUGAGUUAAUAAAGAAACUGGACAUGAAUCUGAAUGAGGACAUCAGUUCCCUGUCAACCGAGGAGCUUCGUCAGCGUGUGGAUGCAGCAGUGGCUCAGAUUGUCAACCCAGCUCGGGUGAAAGAACAGUUGGUUGAGCAACUGAAAACCCAGAUCCGAGAUCUGGAGAUGUUCAUCAGCUUCAUCCAAGAUGAAGUGGGAAGCCCCUUGCAGACAAGUGGACACUGUGAGUGCAAGGCCAGCGGGAAGACAGGAAACGGCUCCACCAGAACAGGCAGCAGCACACUGCCCCCAGGAGCCAGCAAAACAGCAAAGGCAGAAGAUGUGAAGAGAGUCCGGGAAACGGGGCUACACCUGAUGCGUCGAGCGCUGGCUGUGCUCCAGAUCUUUGCUGUUAGCCAGUUGGGCUGUGCCACAGGCCAGAUCCCUCAAACCUUGUGGCAGCGGGGCCAGGCAGAUAGAGACUACUCCCCCUUACUGAAAAGGCUGGAAGUGUCAGUAGACAGAGUGAAGCAGCUAGCCUUGAGACAUCAGCCACAUGACCAUGUCAUCACCUCGGCCAACCUCCAGGAACUCUCUCUAGGAGGCAAGGAUGAGCUGACCAUGGCUGUGCGGAAGGAGCUGACAGUGGCUGUGAGGGACCUGCUGGCCCAUGGACUGUAUGCCUCCUCCUCUGGGAUGAGCCUUGUCAUGGCCCCCAUUGCUUGUUUGUUGCCAGCCUUCUCCUCGGCCCCUGAGACCAUGCACCCCUGGGAGCUCUUUGUAAAGUACUAUCAUGCCAAGAAUGGCCGUGCGUAUGUGGAAUCCCCAGCCCGGAAGCUCUCACAGUCCUUUGCCCUUCCUGUAACGGGUGGCACCGCUGUGACUCCCAAACAAAGUCUUCUGACAGCCAUCCACCUGGUGCUGACGGAGCAUGACCCUUUCAAGCGCAGUGCUGACUCAGAGCUGAAGGCGUUGGUGUGCAUAGCACUGAAUGAGCAGCGCCUGGUGUCCUGGGUAAACCUCAUCUGCAAGUCAGGGUCCCUCAUCGAGCCCCAUUACCAGCCCUGGAGCUACAUGGCCCACACAGGUUUCGAGAGUGCCCUCAACUUGCUCAGCCGCCUCAGCAGCCUCAAGUUCAGUCUUCCUGUAGACUUGGCCGUGCGCCAGCUCAAGAACAUCAAAGAUGCCUUUUGAUGAGAAUGCCUGACCUUAGCACCCGCCCCCCACACACACACCUUGCUCUGAAGAGAUAGCUGUCCUAGAGUUCCAGAGUACAGGCAGGGAGUCAGAGCAAGGGUUAGAGACAUUUUCUCAAACCCUUUUCAGGUGGUCACCCUAAUGGAGGCAAAGCCUGUUUUCUCUUAGCAGAUUAAGAAGAUGUGCAGAGACUCUCAUCAAAAAUAGUGUCAGGGCCUUGAGAGAUGCUUCACCAGGUAAAGAUGCUUGCUAUCACACCUGGCAAUCUGAGUGAUCCUGGGGACCCACCUGGUACAGGGAGAGAACAGACCUCUCACAGAUUGUUCUCUUACCUCCACACACGAACUGUGGCACCUGUGCAUCCCUCAGGUGCCCAAACACAAGUAAAUUUAAUAAUAUAAUUUUUUUUUUUUUUUUUUUUUUUUUUUUGGUUUUUCGAGACAGGGUUUCUCUGUGUAGCUUUGCGCCUCUUCUGGAACUCACUUGGUAGCCCAGGCUGGCCUCGAACUCACAGAGAUCCACCUGGCUCUGCCUCCCGAGUGGUGGGAUUAAAGGAGUGCACCACCACCGCCCGGCUUAAUAAUAUAAUCUAAAAACCAGUGUCAGGACUAGAGGUGUCGCUCAGUGGCGUGGUGCAUGAAAAGCAUGCACACAGGCAGGGCUGAGGACGUUAAAAGCAGAAAGAGCCAUCCCUGGCCCACCACAGUGUACCAGUCCCACUGGGUAGGAACCUGUGUUAACAAAAUCAGUUACCACACAUAGCUAAUGCCCAACUCACUGUGGCAUGUCUGAUUUUCAGAAAAUUGAGGUUGUGCCCACCAUUCUCUUCAUGGCAGCAAGUCACUGUAUGAGGGAGUUCUGGAAGACUCUGAGCUUCAGGCUCCUGCUAGUUAGGUUGGAGCAUUCUUCUUUAUCAGAAGCAGCUGUGAGAGCCCGAGGGCCAGAACUGUAAUUCCAGGUAGGAAUUCUGAUUCCCCUUCCUUUAAGGGAGUUUCAGUGUGAGUCUAAGAUGAGAACAGCAAUCUCCCUGCUGAGGUAAUCCGCCCACACAGACAGUGCUGUCCUGGUCUCAAAGAAUGACAACUGAUAUUAGGUACCAUCUCUAGAAAGUCACUUUCCUCUGUGAACCUCUCAGGGCUGACAGUCUUUGGCCUUGCACUCAAGAACACACAGUGCACACCGUGAUGAGUGGUACAGCCCCGUGGGUUGUGACCCACUGGCACCACUUGCCUGAAGAAUGGCUGACGGGGAAGGUUUGAUCUUGCAGUGUGGUCAGCAGCAGGGCCAGGAAUUACUAACGAUCUCCAUACAGACCACACACCUGCACAUCUGUGAGAAUAAUUCCCUUGUCUUUCAGCAUGCAGUGAGCACAUGCUCCAGGACUCACCAAGGAUGGGUGAACUAAACUGCCACUUGCAUUUUGUUCCUGUGAAGUACACUUUAACUUAUUUCAGUGACUUGUCACUUAAGAUGCAUCAUUGACAUUUAAUGUCAAUAUGUGCAGUUUCCCUAUGAAACACAGUAGUGUUCUGGGGUGUGGGAUGCAGCUCAGUGAUAGAGUGCUUGCUGGCAUGUCUGAGACCGUGUUUUUGUCCUCAGCACCACCCCAGGAAAAAAAAAAAAAGAUAAUUGUAAAAUAUCAUAAAUAAUGAUAUAUCUGUGAUUGAUAAUAAAAUUACAGUAUUUUGUGUA